AGCCUCCUAUCCUUGAGGUUAUGCUGGUCUCUCUCCAGGACCAAGAGAACAAUCAGAAACCCCAAACUACACCAGCUAUUGAGGUCCUGGGCUACAUACCUCCUGUAUCCACACUUAAAACCUCUACAUGUGGUUCUACACAAACGUCUAUCAUGCAGUCCAUCUCAUCCUCUGUCCAGCAGUCUGGAAACACUAGUUCACCGGGCUCACACAAUCUAAUGACAUAUUCUGGUGCCACCCAUGUGCCAUCAGAAUAUGCACGCUAUAUGCUCAGCAAACUUGCUUUUUCCAUUUCAACACCACAGUCAGACAGUGUUUUGGGCCAGUUGAAUACAGUGCCAAAGCAAUGUCACACAGUACAUUCAAAUCAUCCGACCAACAUAAACAUCUCACUCCAACAAAACUGUUCAAACAGUCGAGAGAGUGCCAGCAAUUACAACAAUACACCCAUCAUCAAUCUGUCUACGCUGGAAGAUUUGGAUCACGGGCAGUGGUGUGUUGUGCAGGCUCAUUUGGAGCAGCUAGAAGAGAUGGAAGCUUUAUGUUGUAAAGAGGGGACUCUUCUGUGCCAGCAACCUGCUAUGGCAUUUGGAGAGUAUGUGCACAAACUGGUGGAUAUCAUGGAGAGAAAGGCCCGCUGUGUCCAGAGCAUGAUAGCUCAACUGCAGCCAUACCUUAAGCCGAGUAACAGUAACAAGCCACACAAUAGGGAAGAAGAUAAUCAGUAUCCAAUUAAUUUAAUUAAUUAAGUUGAUAAGCAAUAAGCAAGAGUAUUUGUAGUUGUAUG